GGCAUGGGCAACCAUUCUUUAUCCCGAAGAGGAAUCAGGUAUCGCUCUCGAUCACGUAGCUGAACACCCAAACAAGGCCCCGGAAAACGCCACAAUGAUAUAGGAUCUCGACGAUGAAGGCGGCCAGUCCCCCUCGUCAAACCUCGUCGGACCCAUCCUGACUUGGCCCUCUGCCUUUUCUCGCAACCUUGGGGCAGCCUUCUCCAUCGGCCGCUCGGUAAAGGUUGGCCCCAUGUCAUUCAACUCUCGUUUUUCCUGUGGCGACUGAACCUGAUCGCCUGUGCGGUUGAAGCGAUCAUUAUUACUGUUUCAUAUGCCUUCUAUCGAAUGGGCCUCCUCCGUCAUCGUGACCUUUACACCCAGCGGAUCUGGGUUCUCGCUGCUGCUCUCCUACUCUUAGGCGCGGAACCUGAGGAGUGUCCGUUCAAGUUCAGAUGGCCCUUUGGGAAGGAACAGCGCAGAGCGGAAGAUGAGGAGGAGGGGGCAUUGAUACAGUUCAACAACGGUGUGCUAGCGCCUACGAAUUGCUAUCGAGCCAGACUACCUCCCUGUAAGACCUACCUUAGUAACGGUAAGAUGUAAGAUCUACCUCGGGCGGUUGCGCGAAGUGCUAUAUCCUCAGUAGCGACGCGUAUACUGGAGCCAGAGCGACGUGUCCCGGCUGGGUGACCGUAGGCCAGAUCACAACACAUCGACUAACCGACGAUAGCACGUAGUGAAGCCGUUGUUGUAAGAAGAGAGACAUGGGCUGAUGGGAUGAGGCUGCCAGUGUUCGUUACGACCGUCAAGCUCGUUGCUAUCUCCAUGCCAUGGUCUAUCCGCACC